UCUCUCUCCCUCUCUCCCUCCCUCUCUCUAUCUAGCUCCAUGGCUUCUCCGGUCUUCGACCAUUUCUUGAGUUCUCGAUCUCUGGUUCCCAUCUAAGAACCCUAAUUAUUCUUCUCUCCUUCGUCUCCCCUCAUGUUGAGAUCAUCAAUAACGUUUUGUGUCGCUCCUCUCCGGCUUUCUUUGGCUUUGCCGGUCAUCGGAUUCUGCUAUGGUUCCUGCUGCUGAAUCCUCCUCCUCCUCCUCCUCCUCCUCCUCAUCGCUUCUUCUUCCAUGUGGGCUUUCCAACAGUUUUGCUUAUAUGAGGUUAUUACACAAAGCUCAUAAUAUCUCUGCCGGCUCUGAGGACGACGACGACAACAACAAAGACAUUCACUUAGGAUCUUAUCAUCAAGUAAAAGUUAAUCAACACCAAGCUUGUAGGAGAGAUUGUAGUUCCAUGGCCGAUCAAGAAGAGCCGAGGAGUACGACUUCUAGGUUAAGCUCCAAGGACGACGACAACGACAACAACAAUAGGAAUAACAAUAUUAAUAAGAACAACGAAGCCGAAGAUCAUGAGAUGAGACAAGAAGGCUGGCUCCGGUUAAGCUUAGGCCACGAGGAGGAUGUUAAACCGGAUCUCAACCAUCGGCAACAGCAUCAAACCGAUCCAACGGCUAGGAGAGACUCUUUUCUAGAGCUUAAUCUAUUCUCUGGCGGUUCAAGUAGAGAAGAAGAAGCUGGUCUUCCAUUAAUGUCAUCACUCUUUCAUCAUCAGCAUCAAUCCGGAGGGAUGAUGAUUAAUCCAUUGAUGUUCCCUACCAGGCCUGAUCAGGAGAUGAUUGGUUCUUGGGCGGCUGCUGCGGCUGCGUUUAGAACGCCUUUUGUCCCACAAAACCUAGUGCAGUCAUCAUCAUCAUCUGCUUCUUUGAUGAUGCCAUAUAUGGGACCAUACUUUGGUCGCUCCAAUUUUCAGCAGCAGUUAAUAGGGAAUAAUAUUAAUCCGGAUGUGGUGGCUGGUCCGAGCUCGAGUUUCCGAGUCAUUGAUCCUCCUAGACGACCCCAUUCAGGCAUUUGGUUCCUUCUUCAAGCUUCUCAAAACCAGACAAGAGAACCAUUCUUGCCUCAGAUACCCAAAAGCUACUUGAGAAUCAAGGACGGGAAGAUGACUGUUCGACUAUUGAUGAAAUAUUUGGUGAAUAAGUUGCGAUUGGAGCACGAAUCCCAGGUAGAGAUAAGAUGCAGAGGGCAAGAACUGGAGCCAGUGUUGACACUACAACACGUGAGAGAUGCAAUCUGGAGAGGAAGCAGAGACAAUUCUUCUCUUUCACAGAACCUUACUUUGCUUUCAAACUCAUCUACCUCUGAUCAUCUCAUGGUCCUCCAUUAUGGUAGGACUCUUUCUUAAUUAUAUAUAUAUUUUUUUGUUUUUUAUUCUCUAUUUUAUUUAUUUAUUUUUAUAAUAAUAACACCAUAUUAUUCUCAAUAAAAAUAACUGCCCACCCUUUCUUAUUUUAACUCAAGAGCCCACCUUCUUCAAUUGGUUUUUCCCCUCUUCCUUUUUUUUUCUGUUUUUUUGGCGGGUGGUUUCGAUUAUUGAUUUUCCUUUUAAGCCUUUUUUUUG